AUGCUGACUGGCAUCUCCGUCGCCCAAGCGAACACAAGAAACACUGCCGACCACAAGAAGCAAUAUUCAAUCCUGCACAUCGGAUAUUGCGUCGCCCCUAUCCCCCGCCCCAUGGAAGGAAACUUGAUUGGACCCCAAACUUUCCGCGAAUCGCAGGCGCCAGAAUACAUCGGUGGUUUCAUCGCUAUUGCUGUCAAGUUACUGUACCAGUAUCGCUCUAAUGGCUGGCUACUAGGCUUUGGCCACCUGCGCCAACAAACGCAGCUGCGAGAACCCUGGCUCCAAAGAUGA